UCUAUCAAUCCUAACCAGCACUAAUAUUUCAGUAAUGGACUGUAACGCUGAUGAAAUAUGUCAGACAUAGAACAGGUAGAACUCAACUAUGAGACUUACAAAACUCAGCUGUCAGCGGUCAGUUCUGCUCUCUUAGCUGCUCCUGGUGAUGAGGAGCUCAUUACCCUUCAAACUGACUUAACUGAAUUGAUCACUAUCACCGAAAAUGAGCUGCUCAAUCUCAAGAAAAAUCAAUUACUACUGAGCCUUCGUGAGCCUGAAGAGCCUGAUGAAAAUUCAGACGAUGACGAAAAUAGUAUAGAUUCUUUUGUGGGAACGAAGUGUAGCAUCAAAUACACAUCAGCAUGGGGCACAGUUCAGCAACAAAACUGUGUUAUUUUAUCUGUUGAUAUUUCAGAUGAUUCUGAGACCGUUGUCAAGGUUCUUUUGGACGUGUUCAAACCUGGUUGGUUUGAACAUGUCCUUUUUCUCACUCCUUCUUCUAAAGAAAUGCUUCCUUGUAAGCACUACUUGAACUCAACUUGUAAUUUCGAUAAGUGUAAAUAUUCUCAUGGCUAUGAAGUCAAAAUUUCUUCCCUUAAAGAUUACGUAGAGCCAAACUUUGAGAACUUUGUUCGUGGCAAGAGAUGUUUGUGUAAGAAUGAGGAUGAGUUAUGGGUACCAGGAACAGUUACCAGUGUCAAAACAGACAAAAUUUACAUUAAAUUAGAUGGCUCUGGAACAGAAGUAGACUGUGUGUAUGAAAAUGUGUUUCCUCUUCAAGGGGUAGAUGGAGACAGUGAAUCAGAUACAGAAUUAAAUAUAUCAGACUUAUCGGAGGAGGAGUAUCAACCAUUCGAAACAUCAACUCCAAACAUGCAUUUUGGUAGUUGGGAGGAGCACACAAACUCAUUUGGGUCAAAAAUGUUGUUCAAAAUGGGCUACAAACUUGGUUCUGGUCUUGGACCUAGAGGAGAUGGCAUUGUGGAGCCAAUUGAGGCAGAUAUCAUUCCUCCAGGAGUAUCUUUGGAUACUGUCAGAGAACUUCGUGAGAAGCGACUCAUCAGAACUGUUAACAAACUGAAUUCUAUAUUAAAGAAAAAAGCUGACCAAAGAACUGGAAGUGCUCUAACAAAAACUCAGAAGUCUCAGUCUAUGUUCGCUAUGAUGGACAGCAUGUUCAAGGCUCGAGGAUCAAAACAGAAACAACGACCUAAAAAUAAGAAGCCUAUCAAUAAAGUUUCAGAGAAAACUGUCCGAGUGAAGAGUGUGAGUAUUGAGAAUGAUAUUGGUCGCUGUAGGAGGAGAAUUGCAGAACUGAAGAAAUCACUUACUAGAAAUCGGCAAGACAGUGGUCAUUGUAGUAGAGUGAAGGGUCAGAUUGAUGCAGAAUCUAAGAAACUAGAUGGCUUGUUGAGUAGACAGAGAUCAGUUGAAAAUGAGCUGAAGAUGAGAACAGAUAAAAAGAAAUUAAAAAUAUUCUAAUUGCUAUAAUAAUUCUAACUGUAUACUGAAUGAUAAGCGUUUUACGAUUUACUAUUUAAAUGUUUUAUCCGCAUAGGUUCGUUU